AUGAGCAGCGUUGAGCCUUUCCGUCGGCUGGUGAAGCUCGUGGCUCGCGCAUUUUACGACGACGAUGUAACGGAUGAGAAAGACAAGGAUAAAGACAAGGAGAAGGAGAAGGAGAAAGAGAAGGAGAAAGACAAGGGCGGCAGUCGCAAGGCAGAGCGGAUAUGCGGAGGGGAGACCAAGGGACUCACUAUAGUCGUCCUCGAUGCCCUUACAAGGCGGCAGUGGAUGCGGGAGGAGGAGCUGGCACGGCAGCUGCAUCUGCACCCGAAGCAGCUGAGGCGGACGCUGAAGAUGCUGGAGGAGGAGAUGAUGAUCGUGCGGGAGCACAGGAAGGAGAACACGAGAGCAGCCAAGAAACAGAAGCAGGAGGGGGAUGAGGGGAAGGAAGGGGAGGGCGAAGGCGAGGCGUCGAAGUGGGAAGGGAAGCCUGGGCAGAAGCCAAAGCAGCACUCCCACUCCUACUGCUGUCUGCACUACCCCCAGAUCUAUGAUGUGGUGAGGUACCGGAUACACCGGGCGAAGAAGGCCAUAAAGGACGAGCUGGAUAGUCGCAAGGAGGUCAUGUACCUGCUGUGCCCCAACCCGCACUGCAAGGCCAGGUACUCCACGUUGGACACAGACAGACUCAUCGAUCCCAAGAAGAAAGAAGCGCUUCAAGACAUGCUGGCGAGAUUUGAGCGCCAACUAAAGCCCCUGAUGGAGCAGAUAGUUAAAGUGAAGGACCUCACACCACCCUACUUCGGGUCGCUAUCCGAGUGGGAGGCCAAGGCGUCGCCAGCACAGAGGGCAGCAGCAGUGGGGGGCGAGAUCCCCAAGGCUCUUCCGAGACUGGCUGGACCAGGGGGAGGGGGUGGAGCUGGGUCGACCCCCCUGCCCUUCAUGGGGGAGACUCGGGCAUCGCCAGCACAGAGGGCAGCAGCAGUGGGGGGCGAGAUCCCCAAGGCUCUUCCAAGACUGGCUGGGCCGGGGGGAGGGGGUGGAGCUGGGUCCACUCCCCUGCCCUUCAUGGGCGAGACGCAGGUGGAGGUGUCGAUUGGAGGGGAGGAUGUUGCUGCUGGUGCUGGUGCGGCAGCGGGAGGAGGGGGAGGAGGAGGAGGGGAGGGGGCGUUGACCAAACCAGCAGAAAUGAAGGUCAUUCCCAAGUGGGCCAUACGAGAGGGCAUGGUGCUGACCGCUGCGCAGAGAGGGGAGGUGGAGGAGGAGAAAGCGGGCGGCGAAGGGGAGGGCGGGGAGGGGGGAGCAGGGGAAGGGGAUGGGGGAGCAGGAGAGGGUGCGGCGGGAGGAAUGUCUGCAGAGGAAGAGGCAGAGCAGCAGAGACUACAGGUGAGCUUUGGAAUACUACAAGGCUUACUACGCAGCAUUACUGCAACAGCAGCCAACAGGUGUAUCCGUGCUGAUCUGUUCCCCAACUUUUACCUGCCCCUCCCCCCUGUUCCCCCACCCUCGUAUCAACAGGAAUACUACAAGGCUUACUACGCAGCAUUGCUGCAACAGCAGCCAACAGGUGUAUCCGUGCUGAUCUGUUCCCCAACUUUUACCUGCCCCUCCCCCCUGUUCCCCCACCCUCGUAUCAACAGGAAUGCUACAAGGCUUACAAUGCAGCAUUGCUGCAACAGCAGCCAACAGGUGUAUCCGUGCUGA